CCUAUUUAAAAUACAAGAUUCUUUCAAUCGUUUGGAUUUAAAUACUCUUUGAGAGACUCCCUCUUGCGGCUCUCAGUAUUUGCCAUGGAGGAUAAUAAGAAGCGAAACCCUAAUUCUCACGAGUGCAACUCAUGGUCGGAGCUUCCACUUGAUCUCUUGAAUAUGGUGUUCAAGCGGCUUGGCUUUGUUGAUUUCCAACGAGCUAAAUCCGUGUGUUCGUCUUGGCUCUCUUCUUCGAGACAAUCAGUACCCAAAAAGAAUCACACCCCUUGGCUGAUUCUCUUCCCCGAAGAGCAAAACAACAGUUACUGCAAGUUGUUCAAUCCCGAGGAAAAAGAAAGACUUUACAAAACACAAGACACUGGUUUGGAUUUUUCAAAGAGUGUUUGUGAAGCAUCCUAUGGAAGUUGGCUCUUGAUGCAUGAUCUUUGUUAUAAUCUCCACAUUGUGAAUAUCUUUACCAACGAGAGAAUAAUUCUACCUUCUCUGGAGUCACAGCUUGGGUUGACAAAGGAGAGGCGAACCAAACCAAAGAAUAGGAUACUAUCCUGUCUGUUUUGGAUUGACGAGAAAACCAAAGACUAUGUUGUUGUAUGCAGCCUAGAUAACUUGCCUGUGGUCUACUCCAAGAAAGUAAAUAACUCUUGGAAGCAAAUCCCUGAAACUUCUGAAUGUCUUGGCAUGGUUUACAAGGAUCACAAGCUUUACUUUUUAAAUUACUACGGUGAUUUCUGUAUCUUUGAUUUUUAUGGAGAGACUCCACAGCAAACCUUUCAACGAGAACUGAAAGUGGAAAGCGUCCAUAGUCGUAAAAUAAGUAGUCGGUUGCGCAUUGUUGCGACAAAGCUUGUAGCCACAGUAACAGGAAACGUCCUCUUGGUUCAAAAAAUAUGGAGAUCUAUACCUAUGACAUGGUCAUUCCUGGUUAUCAAGGUUUAUUCUUAUUCUUCAGGGAACCUGAAGGAACACCAACUGGUUAAUUCUUUGGGCAAUGAGUCGAUGCUUUUUGAUCAAGGCAUCACUGUGCUCGCCAAUGAGACUUAUGGAUUCAUUGCAAAUUCCAUCUAUUUCAGCGGCUGUGAUGAUAAAAAAGACAGAAAUGAUCUCUUUCUUUUUAAUCUUCAGACACACAAGACGGAGCUGAUGCACAAAUUUGAUUGUUCUAAAUUUCAGUUCUCUAGAGCUCAAUGGUUCUUACCAAGUUUUACACAUGCAUGAUAUUGUGAUGUCAAUACAAUGUUUUUCUAACUAGAAUAA